AUGUCGAAUUUGGAUGAGGACCGAUCCGCAAACGAACCAGUCGAAAUAUCAGCAUGGAACGCAGCCGGCCCCGGCAUCGCGUCUUCUGACAUGUCACUGCCGUUGGAAAUUACCUUUACAGAUUUGAGCUUCAAAAUCCGAGGCAGACCGACCGACAUUCUAUCUGGUCUGCAUGGAUCAUGCAAAGCUGGCUCGAUCCUGGGAGUCAUGGGCCCCUCUGGCUCAGGGAAAUCGAGUUUCGUCAACAUUCUGGGCGGAAAGAAUAAGGCUAGCACCGGCGAGAUCUGUCUCAAUGGUUAUAAAAUGAAGCCUGCAGAACUGCGAGCGCUGAUGGGAUUUGUCCCUCAAGAUGAUCUUGUCCUCCCUGAGCUGACCGUUCGAGAGAACCUACUGCACUCGGCUCGCGUCAUGCUAGGCGGGCAACUGGCCGACCAUGAAAUUCAAGACUAUGUUGAAUCUUUGAUUGCCUCUCUGGGACUUGGAAAGGUGCAAGAUCAGAUGGUGGGCAAUGUUGCACAAAGAGGAUUGUCUGGGGGCGAAUGCAAACGGGUGAGUAUCGGCCUUGAACUCGCCGCCGCUCCCAAAGUGUUGAUCCUCGAUGAACCGACUUCGGGCCUCGACGCGACCGCGGCACUGUCCUUAAUGAGGUUGCUGCGUUCAAUCUCGCGUUGCGGAAUCAUGGUCAUCUGUGUGAUUCACCAGCCCAGGGCUGAGAUCUUCGCUCUUUUGGAUACUCUCAUGCUUCUGAACUCAGGGAACCAGGUCUAUUUUGGCGAAGCCGCCACCGCUCAAGCCUACUUCACAGACCUUGGCUAUGAGUUUCCUUCCUUCUGCAAUCCGGCGGAUAUCAUCAUGGACAUCCUCCCCAGUCAUCCCUGGGAGGAGACAGGUCUGCCAGCCAAGGAAGGGAAAUCCUGCAUGCCAGUAACAGGCAUUUCUGAUGCCGACUCGGGCGAAGCAUCCGACACUCCACAGCAUGUCCCGAGCAUUCUCCUCUCGAUUCGCCAGCGCAAAGCUUCGUGGGCGCGACAAGUCUGGCUAUCGUUUUGCCGCGGAACAGUGCAACAGACCCGACAGACCGCGAGUUUCUGCUUGGAGAUAGUAUCGGGCUCCGUCAUCGGGGUCAUGAUCGGCCUGACGGUCUUCGAGUAUCACGGCCACAUCUUCCAAGGGAUUUAUCAUCCUCCAUUCGAGUUGCUCUCCAGCGCGGUGAACUACCGCAUGGUUGCCGAGCAGGGGUUGCUUUCGUGCUUGGGCAUAGCAUGUGCAGCCGGCCCUCCAGGCGUGAAGCUACUGGGUGAAGAGAAGUUGAUCUUCCGCCGCGAACAGCAAUCCGGCCAUUCCCGGAGCGCCUAUUUCCUGGGCAAGAAUCUCUCCGUGCUUCUGCGCAUGUUCCUGUCGUCCUUGCACUACACUACCAUCUAUAUGAUUCUAGCGACCCCGACGAUCUCCUUCGGAUUUCAGCUGGCGAUUGACUUUCUGUACUUCUACUGUAUGUACGGUCUAGGCUGCAUCGUGGCCGCCAUCACGCGACGCGAAGACGGUCCACUAGUCUGCAUGUUGAGCUGCCUUGUCAUCUCUGCCCUCGGGGGCUGUGCACCCCGGCUGGCCUUGGUGAAGACGUGGCAUCUAGGCUGGUUCUGGUAUCUUUGGCCUGCGACAUGGUUUUCCGAGGCUUUCUACAACGAAAACACUUCGCCGUUCGCCUAUCUGUACCAAUUGAACGGCGCGUCGGAUUUUAUCGGUUACAAGAAUCACCGGACUGGAUUUGAUAUCGGACUACUUUUGCUGAUUGGGACAUUGUAUCGGGUGAUAUCUUAUGGGCUUUUUGUGUCUGUUGGCUGGAGGUAGAGCAUUCUGCCGAAUACCUUGGAGCAUGAAAGAAAAUGCUUCUACUCAUGGAGAAUAAUCAGCUGAAUUGGGAGGCUAUGCUGAUUGCACAUUGUCUCGCUCGAGAAACCUUUCGACCAACUGCCUGCGGAGCAUUUAAUGCUUGCUGCGGCUGUUUUAGGAAAUAACAGAGGCAAGGCGAUGAUAGCUCAUAAAUCAUGCAGCACCAAAGUCUGGCGCCGCUUAGAUAGACAUGUUAUGUAUUAGAAAGAGAGCG